CUACUUUUACGUUGUACGACGACGGCACCUGAUCCCAUGUCUGAAGACAACCCGACAAGCACUGCUACUGAUACUAUGGAGGUCGAGAACGAACCUGUGGUCCCACCACCAUCGAGUCAAGGACUCAAGCGAAGGGCGUCGUCAUCGUUCGAGGGUUUACUAGACGAUACCAGUCGGAAGCGAGCCAAAGGAGACAAUCGGAGCAUAGAGGCGGGCCCGGUCGCUUCGCCCAAUGAAUCAUCCAGCCAAGCUGUCGCCAUUAACGGCGCUGUCUUUGUUGAUGAAUUAGCACAAGAGCUACAGUGUGGUUGUUGCUCCGAACUCUUGUACAGGCCGGUCAUCGUUUCUCCCUGCCAGCAUUUCUUCUGUGGAAGUUGCUGCAUGCUCUGGAUUCGGAAUGGAGGUACCAACUGCCCAGCAUGCCGUGGAGUUUCUACUAUCGUCACCCCCUCGCGACCUUUGCAGACAGUCAUAGACGUCCUACUGCGUGCUGCACCCAGUAGAAUUCGCGCAGAACGCGAGCGACAACAGGCAGAUGAAGUAUACAGUGCUGGGACAUCCAUGCGCAUUCCUCCUCCACGGGAAGCGUCCCCAGAACCGAAUCUCAACCAGAGCGACUAUGCACGUCCAUGCCCACAUUGUACACCAGGAAACAUGUUUGGCUACACUUGCCCUCAACCAGUUCCAGACCCCGAUACAGACGCUGAACAUGCAUGGCACUUGGAUGAGGGUACACCUCCGGGCCACGCUAAUUGUGGGAAUUGUGAGAAUCUACUCGCUUUGCAAGCCCCUACGACUACCAAAUGCGACUUUUGUCAAGUAUCAUUCUGUGGGAUCGGAGUACCGGGACGAUGCAUUGCAGCACCUUUGGCCGCUCAGCAACUGCAUUCAAUGGCAGACCUUACCGACUUUGUUCAAUCACCCGAAGUUUAUGAAUGUUUCAACGACAACCAUAUUGAAGUCGACUUCAUGCUGGAUUACCUUGCCAUUCGCAGGAUAAUGCCGAAGAACAUAUACCGUGAUAUCGUCACCCAUAUUCAAUCACAGCCCCAUGGAUUUCAACCGUUAUUAAAGCUAGAACUUUUCAGGGAUGUUCACCCGGUGGCCGCAGGGACGGAUCCUGAUCCGGCAGCUCCGCGUCAGAAAAUCUGCAGAGCUUGUGCGACGGAGGUUUUACUGUGGGGCCUGAAAGAUUGGUGGCUACGAGAAAGACAGAAGGGCGUUGCAGAGGGCCAGAUUCCCGGCAGGGAAGAUUGUCCCGAUAGCAGUCGGUGUUCUCGUCAGACGGAUGUUGAUCACGCUAAAGAAUGUAAGUUGCUACCGUUGGCUGUUAAGGCGUUCUAAUAUUGGUUCGCAGUCAAUCAUAUUUUCGGAAGCCCU